GGGUUUAAUAGAUUUAUGAAGAAGAAGAAGAUGUCGGAUCUUCCAAGGGAUAUGGAGGAAGAGGUGCUGUGUAGAAUUCCGUUGACAUGUCUGGGACUUGUCCGAUCUACUUGCAAAAGGUGGAACAUGUUGUCGAGAUGUGAUCACUUAUUUGCAAACAAGCACCUUGCUCAUCAAGCAGCAACAGAAGCAAAGAAGAAGAAGGACCCUCUUGUAGUUACGAUGAUGAAUUAUAGGGUCGAGUUGAUGAGAUUGAAUUUUUCAGACGAAGACGAAGUUGUUGUUUUAAAUCCUGAAGCUAAACUUAUUGGCCUAGAUCAAAUCGAUGUGCGUGAUAUCUUUCAUUGCAACGGUUUAUUGUUAUGCAUUCCCAAAGAAGACCACUCUAGGCUCUUGGUUUGGAAUCCCUAUUGGGGGCGGCAACCCAAGUGGAUCGAGAACACACAUAAUCACCACUUACUGGACAAGCAUGGCCUUGGUCUUUUGGACAGGUAUACAUAUGGUCUCGGAUACAACAAUAGUAGCACUAGUUCCUACAAAAUCUUGAGAUUUAUUGAUUUACCCCGACAUUUCGUUGAGUUCAAAAUCUACGACUUCAACUCUGAUUCAUGGAGGAUUCUUGAUCUCGACAAGAACUGGUGCAUAAAUAUUGGUGAACACGGCCUAUCUUUGAAGGGAAAUACCUACUGGUUUGCAGCAGACGCUAUGAUUAAUGAUGCCAUUAGUUUCUUAGUCUGUUUUGAUUUCUCAACAGAGACAUUCUCCCCGCUUUUGCCUCUCCCCUUUGAGGCUUUUCCUGGAGACGCUUUGAGUCUAUCAUCAUCAUCUUCUAGUGUUGGAGGAGAAUAUCCGCAGCUUGUGGUUUUAUUCCAGUCCGAGCAUACAUUGGAGAUGGAGAUCUGGAUUUCCAAUACGAUUGAGCAGCCCAAUGCCCUGUCCUGGAACACCAAGGUUUUCUUGUCGGCCAAUAUCCAACAACUCAUUCCCCACCGGUGGGUUUUCCGAAGAUCUGUGUCUUUCUUCAUUGACCAGGAGAAAAAAAUCGCGGUGGUUUUUGAUAAAAACGCCCGUCGUGGUACCUCCACUCAUGAAAUAGCUUACAUCUUUUUUGGAGGAGGACUGGAUGAUGAUGGAUCAUGCUCCUUUAAACAACAAGUUGUAAAACAAUCUGCGUACCCAUUCUGUUAUUCACAUGCUUGCUAUUAUGUUCCAAGCUUAGUGCAACUCAGCUAGUAGUCCACCUAUUAUCAUUAUUAUUUUUUAUCUCUCUGUUUGUUUCCCAAGAUUGACUAUUAAGUUUUUGUUUUUUGUUUGCCGUAUUUGACUUUUGGCUUCACAGCCUCUUGCUUUCGAGUGCCUCUCUUUGUCCAAUAUUUUGAUCAUUCUAAGGAAUAAGAUCAGAGUUUGUGGUGAA